UCAGAAACUGCAGUCUGUAACUUUUGGCACUCUAAAAACAGAACUGCGUGCAUCUAGCGGAAGAACAUUGUAGCAAGAGCUACUUCUCUCUGUUUAUGUCAAUGGCGAAUCACGCAGAUACUGGGCUAUUCUGUAGUGGUUCCACCAGUACCAGUCUAAAUAGCACGGAUAUAUACACUUAUUAUAGGUGUACCUUAUUUACAUUCAAUAAUCACUCCGCUCUUCUCACAAACCCUGCCACCGAGGGGCCGCAGCCUACAGUUUGGGAAGCACUGGUCAACACACUGAAUUACAUGCAUUUUACAGCAAAGGAAAUGGUGGAACUGAAAUGUUACAAAACCCAUAAACCCAAGACAUAUAAAUUCUGUUCCUUGAUUCUCUUGUAAUCAGAAGAGUGUCUGGUUCCAUUAUGAGCACCUCAAGACUUUCUGAGAAAAAUGAAGGCAAGACAGCUUCUGAACGUCCAGUAGACAUCAGUGACUGGAACAGAGACCAUGUGAGACGAUGGUUGCUCGAGAUACAAAUGGAUGAAGGACAUGCAGACAUUUUGUACAAUCAGGGACUGAAUGGGGCUGGUCUUCUCCACUUGAAGGAGGCUAAUCGUUUAAUGCAAAACCUACCAUCAAAUGCAAAAGAACUGAUUUUUCAAAACAUAGACCUUUUGAAAGACAAGACUGAAAAGUUGAAUGACAUGGUGGCUCAGUUGUGUAGCUUAAAGCCUUACCCUUUCAAUAGAUAUGAUGCUUCUUACAGGUACACAGAAAACUGCAUUCUAGAUGUAACUGAAACUGGUCCUAAAGACCUCAUACACCCGUGCCAUGAAUUCAAAGGGUUCACAGACACACCAGGGGAGCACAGAAUGGAGAAAUACACCUUUGAAGUCAUUCGUUUCGCAGCAGCUUGUAUGAAUAGUCGCUCAAAUGGCACCAUUCAUUUCGGAGUGGCAGAUGCCCCACAUGGACGAAUUCUGGGUGUUAGCAUCCCGAAAACAGAUGAUUUUGGUGUACAGCAGAAACAUGCAAUUGAAAGACAUUUCAAAGAAAAGAAUGUUCAAAUAGCUGAAGGAGCCAAGGAUGUUCACAUUGCAGAGAGUGAACAAAAUGUUCAAAUGGCAAAAAGGUGUAUCAAACCCCCUCGCUUUGUUGAAGUUCUCAAAGCUGACAUGACUUUCUCAGGAAAAUAUGUUAUUGAGGUAGACAUUGAGCCAUCCUCCAUUGUCUGUCAAGACUUCUAUUUUAAGACUUUUGAUGUGGUCAUAAAUGAAGAUGCUAAAAAUAAGAAAGGUGGCGAGUCUUUUUUUAUAAGAGACGGCAAUAGCAGCAAGCUGGUGGAGUAUGACAAAUAUAUUAAGAGCAAUGCACAGUUGUUCGAGGAGAGGAAGAAUGCUGAAGAAAAGCAUCGCUCUGUUGUCAAAAUCCAUGCACAUGGCUCUGCCUUGAGUGAGAUGAUAACGGGAGGGACACAUUCUAUGAACAGCCCACGUUUUACGUCGUACAUUGUGGUGGCUAACAAGUCUCAUCCUGUUCAGCAUGAAAACCUGGAUUUCCUUCUUGGUAUGAAUCUAAUGGCCGUUUUGGAUUUUGAUCCACAAUCUGCUGAGAAUGGCUUGAACAAGCUUCUCAAAGAGAAAAGAAUGUUCAAUGAACAUUUACCCGUUCAGUAUAAAGAUACGGGUGCAGUUGUAGACAUCGCAAGCAGCUUAGAGUUGACUAAAAUCACAAGCUGGGUUUUCUGUAACGGAGGCAUUAAUGGGGAAACUCCCUCAGACGCGGAUAAAUGGGAAAAAGAGAAAAGUUCCUCUGUGCGUGAUGUAGUUUCUUUCCUGUGCCGAAACAUCCUGCCUCGCAAGAAAAUUCUUGUCAUAUUCUUGUUGUUUAGUCAGGUGAGCGAAGCCAGCGACCCCUUGUUUCAGACCUUCGAAAUGUUUCAGAAGGAGCUUAUGGGACAAAACCAAAUCUUAUGCAUCAGUGACAAUGAAACAUCGUACACCUACUGGAAUGAUCUCAUCAAGCAGCAACAUAAAUGUGACAUUUCAAAACGCAUUUAUGAGCUAAGUUUGGCUGAAAUCAAUGGUACCAUCCUCAGUCUGUGGUCAGAUAUGCGCAAACUAAUACGGUUUCAGCCUAGUUGUGGUGGCAGUAAGGUUGCGCUAUUCAAGAAAACCGAGGAAUUCUUACAUAUGCUCAGUAUUCUUUGUGUGAACCAAUGUGAUGGAGGACAUCAUGACAAACAGCUUCACGAGGAGAACUUUGAUAAAGGAGGGAAGGCGUCCUGGUGGAACUUCUACUACUCAGAACAGCCUGGGUCAGCGUCAGUCGUCAAACGUGACAAGUUAGACUACAUUGUAAACACUAUAAUUCCAAACAUGUUGAAUCAGAAGAGAGCUUGUGUGUUUUUCAACAUCUUCCACGCUCAAGGCUGGGGUGGCACUACAUUAGCCAUGCAUGUUCUAUGGACACUCAAGGAGAAAUUCCGCUGUGCAGUGCUGAAAGACACAACAGAUGAUUAUACUGCUGCAGCCAAACAGGUAGUGCAGCUACUAACAUACAAGACAAAAGAGCAACCUACACGACUUCCUGUUUUGGUCAUGACUGAUCACUUCCAAGACAUUCUCAAUGUACUAACACUCCAACAACAAAUUGAGGAGGAAUGUUUGGACCAGCACAUUUUUUCAAAAUCUCCACAAGUCAUCAUUGUCAACUGCAUGAGAGUUGAUUCAUGUGAACCAACUGAAGGAACUGCUGAUGCAGUUUACAUUCCACAGUAUUUGUCUGAGAACGAACUGAAACUAUUUGGGGAAAAGAUGGAGGAGUUUAAGAAGACCAACAGAAACACUGAAACAUUUUACGUGUCCAUGAUUGUGAACAACUUUUCAUCUGACUAUAUUCAGCGUGUUGUGAAAAAUAUCCUGAAGGACUUCAACUUUCAACAUAAGAAUGCUCAACUUUUUGCUGUUCUUGUCCUCUUGCAUAUCUACUCCAAGAACGCUUUGCUGUCAGUCUCUACAUGUGAAGAGUUUCUUGGUCUGCAAACAGAAGCUGAAUUGCUCAGGGUUGAAGAUGCAUUUGAGAAGUUUUCUUCUCUUUUGAAAAGAUGCACAGUUUUUUCCAAAGUGACUUUUGAAGGGAUGCAGGUGAUACACUCAAUAAUAGCUCAACGUUGUUUGGAAGAGCUUUCUGCUUGUCAUGGAGUGACAAAAGCACAAAUUGCUAACCUUCUGCUCACAACUGCCUUAUUUUAUGAGAACACUCUGGAAAAACUAAAAUUCCUGCAGGAUGUUCAAGACAUGUUGCUGAAGAGUUCACCCAAGAAUGAAUAUUCACGUCUUGUCCAAGAUAUAAAGAAGGAGACUCCAGGGAUGGAAGAGAUUGUUUUACUCAAUGCAGCAAAGUGCCUCAAGAGUUAAGCCAUGCACAGGCCACAAAUAUAGGCCCUAGCCCGGCCCUGGCCCAAGAUGUUCAGGCCCUAGCCCUUCAGCUUAUCAUAAUUACCCACCCGAGCCCGUUGUUUUUACCCCCUUCUUCCAAAAUAGCUUACUACUGUUUCAGCUAUUAAAAUAGUUCAGUUUUGUAUGUUUUUUGUUUUUUUUAUUAACCUAAUUUAGAAAAAAGUUUGUUGUAUUUUUUUGGGUUCGUUAAAUGUAAGUUGUUUUUUAAAGUAACGACCAAAGGCUAGCCUAUGUUUAAUCAAUUUAGCCUUCUCAAAUCUUCACGUCUGACCUAAAAUAAAACCUAUAGAUAUAAAACAGUGCAAGCAUAUCGUAAUGUUGGUUUAAAUGUUUAACCUAUAUAAAUGUACGCUAUUAGACGCAUAUCUAAUGUUUGUGUGGAGAGCUAAAUCGCUUUCAGGAUGCGACGACGCGAUCACUGGCAUUGGAAACUACUUUAAAUAUGCCAUAAUUUUUGUAGGUAAUAGUAAUAUAUAUCACUUGCAACUGUAAAGGGUGUACUUUUAUUUUUGUGCACACAAUAUCAACAAAAAAUUUUGCUUUUAUGAAAUAAAGGAUACAGGAUGGCUUUCUGCAAUUUUGGCCAGGAGCGCUUAACAAUGAUGAAACGAAACUCAGCCAAUACUUGCCUCACGGAUUUGCUAAAUAUAUCUAUAGAAAGCUUUAAAUUGCUACUUUAAUUCAAAUAUCUCUUUAAAUGAUAAUGGUAAUUACUUUUGCUGGGGCUUUGCGUCUUGAUUUAGCCUAUUGUGUGUGUUUUUUUGCACUGCACAUGGCCAAUUGACUCACUUUUCACAAAGCAUUGGGAACUUUUAUUAACUCCCUAUACUCCAACUUCUCCCUGAUGCUCUGAAUGUUCAACUGUCACCUGUAUGCUAAUUCGUUCGUAUAUCCAUUGCGUAGUUGAUGUAUAAUAUUUAUAAUAUAUUCAAUAUAACAAUAUUUCAUACAGUAGUGUGCCUUGCACGUAAAUGGGACCAAUAAAAGGAGUGAAGCUAAAUGAGUCUGACCCGAGCCUGAUCUGUAAAAAAAUAAAAUAAAAUAAAUAUUGCCUGAGGCUGGCUCGAAGACCUCUACUCAGAGAAGAAGUGAUAUUCUAGCUCCUUGCUAGGUGCUAUUGCAUCAAAAAACAGGAAAAAGACAACAAUGAUCCCAUCAAGCCAGAUAGUCUUACAUUGGCUGGCCAUCUUGGUGAACUUAAAACCAGUAUUAAUUUUGGCAGGCAUUUUUUAUUUAGUCUUAGUCUUAGUUUUGAGAUGAAAAUGAUUAAUAGUCUUAGUCACAUUUUAAUCAUUCAAAUCUUUUAUAGUUUUAGUCGACAAAAAGUCAUUGCAUUUUUGUCAACUUUUACUUAUAACUUUUAAGUUAAUAGUUUUAGCCAAACUGUUUUAAAUGUAGUUUUCAAAUUAGAAUAAUCAUUAAUUAUUUUCUCUUUAAACCAUAUCAAUCUGAGAACUGAGGAAGUAGAGCGUGCGUGCGCAAGAGAGAGCGCUUCUAUCAGUGUGAUUUCCUUUACUAACUUUAAGUUAAUCAACAACGAAUCGUGACUCCCGGGAAAAACGGGACAUCUGGCUACCUUACCCCUACCACUUUGGGUGCUGAAGCCAUUGUUUCGAAUCGCUAGUACGCUUUUUAAUUAGUCUAUCCAUCCACCGGGGCUGCCAAACUGAGAAUAGAUAUGCAAACGGCCCUUAUCAGAUCGCAAUCCAAUGAUAGGGACGCACAUUUUGAAAGAAAAUAGCCUAUAGGAUGCAUUUCGAAUGUUCAAUAGUCCUCAAAUAACAUUAUAGUCCAGUCUCGUCUAGUUAACGAAAACGUGGCAUAAAUUGUCAUAAUUUCGUCAUCAGAUAUUAUUUUUAGCUUGUCAACGUCUCGUCUUAGUCACAUAAAAAAUGUUCGUUAAUGGAUAUUUUUAGUCGUCGUCUUCGUUAACGAAAUUAACACUGGUUAAAACUGCAGAUACAGUUAUAAAAAUACUGCCAAAAAUACAAUUUAAGGCUGUUUACUAACAGCUAUUAUAAAUAUAUUGCAGAUACAUAAGGCCAUUCUUAUGGGGUCAAAAAUUACCAUUAAGGAUUUGUUAAGAGAACCCUGAACUCAAGAAAUAUUGUGAUGUAUUGCAGAUACAUGAGUGCAUUCUUCAACUAAAAGACAAAAUGAAGCAGUCAACUUAUAUAUAUAUUUUUUCUGCUGACAAAGACAACCAAAACAACCUGACAAAGUGCAAGGCUCCCAGUUACUUUCAGCAAUAUACUGGACAAGAAUAAGGACCUGUUUUCAGUCCAAUUUUCAGAAAUUAUAAACAUAUUUUUCUUACUAUACAUUUUACAUAGAGCUAAAUGCAUUCUAUAUACAUUGAUAUAUUCAUGGAAAUUUAAAUUUUUUUAUAUAUUCUUUAUAUUUGAAUUACUUUUAUUGUUAAGAAGGAAGUUUCCAUAGUGAUUUUACAAAGGGGUUUACAUGUAUUUUUAAUUUUGGUUGGUGAAGGAAAUAACUGUUUUCUACAGUUUAUAAAUAUAUUUUUAUAAACUAUAUAAGUUUUUCUACAGAUUAUAAAUAUAUUUUUUCCUUAUUUUACAUUUGUCAGUUGAUAAUUAUUGUUAUUGCUGUGUAACCAUAUUUCUUCAUUUAUGGUCUUCAAGGCCACAAGUAACUGUUAAGAAGUAGUAAUUUUCCCUUUGCCUUGCUUAUGAUUAUCACACUUUUUUAAUAUAUUUCUGUUAAGACAAAUGUUAAUAAACAUAGAUUUGAUCACUUCCUUUCCCGGCUCCUGCAUUCCUCCUGUUGUGUCUGGUAUAUAAUUGCUUUUUAGAAUUAUUUCAAAACAAUAAAUACAAAAAAAAACAUGCCUUACAGCCAGUGGUAAGUAAAAAAAAAAAAAAAAAAAAAA